GUGUGCAUGUGUAUAAUCUCGUUAAUAAUAAUAAAACCCAGUGUGCGCUCUCUUGUCAGAAAUGAUUGGCUUCCUUAAAAUCGAAUUAAGUCUAACAGGAUAAAAGGACCGCGGACACCGAAUAGCAGCAGCAGGCCAUCACGAGCGCGUGCGUCUGUCUGUGUGUGCGUGCGCGUAAAAAACCGCACAACAACGGGGAACGCAGUGUGGUCGCCGGUCGGAGUGUCGUCGUCGGUCGGGUACUCGGUCCGAGUACGAGACUACAACACACCGCCAGUAGUGGGCAUUCGCGUCGAAGUUGUCGCCCGGUCGCCGUUUUAACGUUUUUGUUGCCGUCGUACUCAUAGUAACCGCAGUAGUAGACAGUAGUAGUAAUACAUUGUUGCUGUUGCUGUUGAUUGUACGCCGCCGUUUCGUCGGACAGCAGCACCGACACCCGGUGUAAGUUGACGUCCAGUCUCCGAUCACUCAGUGUGCGUGUGUAUGUGUGCGAGCGCGCGCGCGCGACAGAUACGACGACGGUGGUGUAGAUUAAAAUUUCCGGUCGACCGUUCACACAUCAGCUGCUGCACACGGGCCGCCGGAUCGUGUACAUAAUAUUAUAUACAUAAUACAAAUAUAUAUAUAUAUAUAUAUAUAUAUAUAUUUAUUCGCCACACGGCCGCCGCGUCUUCACUCUCACUCCCGCUCACUCGGUAGAGCUAGCGCGCGCACACUGCCGCCGUCACCACACCCAGCCGCGCGCCGGCGAGACGACCGCCCCAGCCGAGUACGCGAUAUCGCCGUAGUGCCGUACCCACACGCACACGCACACACACACACAUACACACGUAUACACAGACGUAUUAUACAUACAGAGUAUACAUAUAAUAUAAGUGCAUGUGUGUGUGUGUGUAAUAUCAAUUGAUAAUCGGAAUACGCGAAAAAUCGUAUUUCGUUAAACGGGGUUUUUUUGCACCGUAAGUGUGUGCGUGCGUGUGUGAUUUUCGUGUGCGGUCGCUGUCAGUGUCUGCCUGUGUGUGUGUGUGUGCGUGUGUUUCGUGUUCGUUCAGUUUUUUGUGCGUUCGAUCGUCGCCGUCGGGGUAGUGCUACUCGGUAUACAGUUUCCAGGCCUUCUCGACAGUAUCCAGCACAAAAGACGCGUACAUGGACCGUGGUGUGCCGCCGGUAAUCGCCGCCGUCCUAGGGUGACGGGCGGCCAACGCAUUUUGGCGGAGGCGGUGGACGUGGACGACACAACAACACACGGUGGUGCGUUAUUAGUGAGGCACGGCGCUGCGGUCACUGUGGAGUGGCACGAGGCGUCUGCUGCUGCUGCUGCUGCUGCUGGCCGCAUUGGUGGUGGAGGAGGUAGUGAGAACGGCGGGUGGACAGCACAGCAGGUAAUAACGGGCGCGCCACAGCAGCCCACUGUCCUCCGUCGUCGUGGUGGACCGGGCCGCAAGGUGCUGCUACUAUUUCCGCUGCAAUGGCGUGUUGCCUGUCCGAAGAGGCGAAGGAACAGAAGCGCAUCAAUCAGGAGAUCGAAAGACAGCUGCGGCGAGACAAGAGGGAUGCCCGGCGAGAGCUUAAACUCCUGUUACUCGGUAAGUACCUACCGCUGACUACAUCUUAGUAAAUGUAUAAAGAUAGGUAUGUAUGAUAUUAUCACACACUCAAAAAACUGACCGUCAGUCCAAGAUAGAGCUCUGACUUGAUCCAAACUAUAGGUAGAUAUAUGUACUUAUACAACAUUGUAUAAACAAAAUUUGUUCAACCAAACCCAUUGAAUGUUGAGGUAUCUUCUAACUAAUCAAUCUAUUUAGUCAAGACUUUUUUUUUUAACUAUUUUUAAUAUAUAUGAAUCUGUAUAUUUCUGGGUCUAUUUAUACAUAUCCUAUUGUACGCUUGGAUAACUGUAGAAGAUGCAUUAAGUAUUUUCUACUUUUUAAGUACCUAUGUUGGUUCCCAAGAUUUAUUUUUCCUUUGAAUAUAUUUUUAAUUGUAUAUACUAUAUAGGUACUUAUGAGGGUAAUUACCUUUGUAGGUAAGACAAUGUACUGAAUUAGGGUAUUAUAAUAUGCUACCUAUAUACUUUACAUGGAUAAAUUGGAUGUAAGACAGAUUACCUAGGAAAAUUUAAGACAUCAAUACGGGUGUCGGAUACAGAAAAGUAAUUGGGUAGGUAUAAUAUAGUAUACCAAAGAAUACAACUUCUUAUGUAGGUAUGUGUAUUUUAGCUGAAAUGAAUGAUUAAAUUACAUUUAAGUUGGUAAUUAGAUAGGUAAGUAUUACAAUUUUAAAUUAUAUUACCUAACAUGACCCAAUUAAAUUCCUAUGGUUUAAUUUAAAAUAACUUUUUUUUUCAUGAUUAAUAUUUUUUGUUUCUUAAAUCAUCAACCGAACAAUUCAUAUAUUUAGAAAAAAUUAACACCAAUGAGUUUGGUACAUAUGUAACUGUCUUGAUUAGUUAAUCAAACUAAUACCUUGUCAAAAGAUAAUUUAGAAAUUAUAUCAUUGUUUUGUUUUUUUCAUUCCUUAGGAUUAGUUAAUUGAUUGUUAUAGACCUCUAUCCAUUGUGUUACAAUCCUCUAGAACAAAAUAAUGGUUUAGUUUUCCCUUUCUUUCUCUAUCGUAGUUGAUAAGCCAGUUCUUAAUUGAUCAUCAACAGACCGUCUAGCGUCUACCAACAGUGAGUGGUAGCAGUUUUGCUGCUCUCUGCUACCUCCUUUAAAUUACCUCUUACAAUAAACCAGAGUGACUUUGAUCCUAUUCUAACCACAAACCUUGAUCAAUAUCAGAUACUAAUCUUUAAACAAGAACUUGUGUUAUAUGUUACCUACUGUAAAUGCUACUUUCUAAAAACUGGUACAUUUUAUGUAUACUACCUACCAAUCAUUGUCAAGUAUUUUAAAGUUUUCUUUUAAGUUAUAAAUGUAUUGUUUUAUUUCGUUCCAGAUAACUUGGAAUAAAUUGUUAUGUAGAUACUGUAUUAACAGAGUCUAUCACUAUUCCUCUCACAGUUGAAAUUGUAACAAAUUUGUUCCUCCUCAAGUUUUUAUUCUGUACUAAGGUUUAACAUGUCUUCAUAUACAUACGAGUAUGCAUAUUAUUGUUUUUAAUUGUGGCCUUAUGAAAGGGACCAAUGAAAAACUCAGAAUGUUUGAUUGUUUUAUGACGAUAACUUAUACAUCCUCCUAAAUCAUUUAAGGUAUUAUAUGUCUAGUAUUGAUAUGAAAAAAUGAUGGGUCCUUAUCAGAUUAAUUUCAUUAAUAUAUUUUAUAUUUGAAAAUAUAGGUAAUGAAAAUUGUAUUUUUAAAUCUUGUUUUCUGGUAGCCGACAAAUUAAUAGGUUGGUAGCAUACGACAUGAGUACUAUAAAUUUUAAAAGCAUCUUAAGUGCCUACCUAUGUAUAAAUUUAAUUCUUAGAAUCGUUUAAACAAUUAUAAGAUGUAUGUCUUUAUAAUUGGUGCCUACUAAAAUGAGUAACCGACACACCUAAGUAGAUAGUUGCAUAUUAUAGUAACAGUAGUGCUGUAAGUGGUAUUGUCAUUUACAAUAUACACACACUUUAUAGGUACUUACAUGCAUUUUUCCUUUUCUUUGAAACAAAUCUAAUACCCCCACAAACAUUUUUGUCAAUAUGUUUUACUUUUUAAGGACCAUAGAGAUUAUAUUGGUUAUAAUUGAGGUUAUAAUAUAGAUAGUAUUACCAUAUCUUUAUAUGCGAAGACGUUAGGUAUACGUGCAGUAUUUCAAACUAUCUAUAUUAAAGAUAUUAAAUUAAUUUUCACUGGUGGGGAUAGUAUAGAAUAGUUUUAAAUUCUCAGUUAAAGUUAGUAUAUAAUAUGUAUCUACCUAUAUUAUAUAUAUUAAGUAUUAUUUUUUCCUCUGUAUGGUUUCAUUUAACUUAAUUUACAUUAUAGUCACACAUAUUAUUAUUGGCAUUAAACAAUUGGGUAACUGAAUAAAUAACAUUUUAUAAAUAAGUCAUUAAUUCCAUGAUGAUAAUUAUAAAAACUCCACAAUACUACUAAAAUAGAAAAUGUAUAAAUAUCUAUUAUUAAAAUUAAUAAUAUUAAGUUAGGUAGGUAAGUAGAUAUUUACCCAUUUAAAUUGCAAGUAAAUUGUUUAAAAAUUUCAAUAAUUUCGCUGUUAAUUUUCAGAAGGUUGAUUUUUUCACUAUUAAGCACUCAAAGUGGCCACUACUGAAAAAUGUAACACUUAACAAAUUGGUAUUUUUUUUUUUAUAAUUUUAGGUAUUUAUAUCUAAAAAGUGUUUCUUUGGAGAAAAUUGAUACAAUAAAACAACAAUUUAAAGAAAUACAUGUUUGCUCACAGAUAUUAUAAAAAAUACAAAGAAAAAAACAAUGUUCUCAUUAGUCUAUAGCAUUCUAUAAUUUUAGAUUAUGUGAAUGUUUUUCAAACUAAUUAUUGUAACAGUUAUUUAUCUAGCAUAUAGGUUGGUUCUAGGUACUAAUUUUAUUUCAGAUGGUACAUAUUAUAUUGUAUUUAACAAAUUUAAAAAUAUAAUAUUUAGAUUGGGUACUUACCCAAAAUAAAAAUAAUUGAUUGAACUUUUAAUCUAUUUUUAUAGCUUACCUAUAGCUCGGUCAAUAGGUAUACUGAUAUUGUUUACAUUUAUUUUUGUUUCACUUGAAAGAUUUUAUGUUUAUCUUCAUCAUAAUACUUUGUGUUUGUUUCUAUGCAGAUUUAUAGUUAAUUAUUACCAAACUAUGGUUUCUAUUAGUAUUCAGGACAUUAUCAAAAUUUGUAUUAUCUAUUCUAAUAUUCUCAAUAGGUGAGGCCAAUAAAAUAACACAUACAUGUACCUAUGUAAUUGUAAUUACAAAUUUUUCAGAUCAUUUAAUUUAAAAUUAGGUAAAUUAAUAAUCCAUGAUCAUAAUCCAAUAAUCCAAGAUUCUUGUUAUCUAACACAGUCAACUAUAUUUGAUAAUGUUAUAUGGUAAUAAUAUUAUUCUUAUUUCAUAGUAGCUUUCAAUUUGACUUCAUUGUGCGUAUAUAUUACCUAUUCAAAAUUUUAAAAAACCAAUUAUGAUUUUUCAAUAAGAACAUUAGCUAUAUGUUCAUAAUUUGAAAUAUUUAACAGUAGCUAGUAUGCCUAAUUGAUUAGGAAUAUACAUUUAAUUUUAAUACUGCACUUGCGCUGUAAAUCAAUCCAAACUAUUGUUGUAGAUAGACACACAUUAGUUUAAUACAUAAAUCUCCAGAUAAUGCAUCUAGGUAAAGAAAAAAACAACAUUUUUAUGUUUAAUAUUUUCCUAUCCUGAUAAAUUGUAAGUAUAUUAGUAUCUUUGAACCGGUCAAUAAAACAUUAUAAAAAAGUCUUCUCACCAUUAGUACACCCCCACACAGUAUUUUCCAACCCGUUUGAUCAGUUGACAACCUGUUUUUCGUUUGUUCUGAUUGCUAUAUAUUAUUGAGUUGUACCUUCUAGGUACAAACAAAUUUAAUUAUUAUUUAAACAAAUAUUUAUUUACCUAUGAUUUCUAUAAAUUAAAUGUUAUGUUUAAAAACUUUUUGUAUGUUAUAAUCUUAUAGUAUGAACACAUUUAGAGUGUUAUCAAUUUGAAUAGUCUAUUCCAAACAAUAGGCUUGAGGAAUGGAAAAUAGCACUUAAAGAACAGAAGUAAGUAUAAGUAGAAGUAAAACAGAAUAUAUAGAGUGUGAGUUAAAGGAACAGGACAAGACACCUAAUGACAAUAAGCAGUGAAGGUUGAGAGCUUUAAGUAGGUAACUAGAAUCUUUUGUUUAAAAGAAUGGUAGCUUUGAUGAGGAAGUGAAGCAUAGGAUUAAGUGUGGUUGGAUUAAGUAGAGAAAAGCAUCAAGUGUUUUAUGUAACUAGAGAAUUUAAACGAGACUUCAAGGUAAGUUCUACAAGAGUGUGGUGAGACUGGCUAUGUUGUUUGGUUUGCAGUAUUAGGCAGUUGACUGAAAAAAAUAAAACAUAAAAUGACUGUAGCAGAAAUCAUAGUGCUUAGGUGGAUGAGUGGAGUGACAAUAAAAGAUAUGAUAAGGAAUAAGUACAUAAGAGGUGUGAUUUUGACAGUAGACAUAAUGAGAAAAAAUAAACUGUAAUGAUUUGGACAUAUCAUGAGGAGAAAGAAAGACUGGAAAAAAGGUGGCUGGGUGCGAUUGAGUAUGAUAUGAAGAUGGCGGGUGUAUGUGAGGACGAUGUGGGGAUCGAAUUUAUGACAAAUAGUUGGUGAAAGAGAAGAAAUACUUAAUAAUAAUGUUGGCAAUGAAAUUAUGGGCAUCCCUGAUUAUUCUAGAAGAAUGUUACUUACCAUAAUUAUCUAUUUAUUAUUUUCACCUACUUACACUAUAGAAAUUUUGUUUUUAUAUUUAUAAUUCAAUAACUACUUAGUUUUUUUUUUUAACAAAAUUUUUUUUAAGAAAUAUUGUUUAUUUUCAGUACUUAACCUAAUUGUUUUAACUUAGAUCUUAGGUAGGCACUUAUGUGUUUAUGUAUUAUGCAUAUUGUAUUUUUUGUUUUAAUUUUUUAAAUUAUUUUUGUUAAGUAUUAGAAUUUCAACAUUUGACAGAUUUAUUUAAAUUGAAAUGAUUAUGGAAUUGAUUGUUUAAAAAUUAAUGAUAAUAUAAUUGAUUGAUACAUAAUUGAUGGUUUAAAAAAAUACAUAUUUUGGAAUGAUUACCAAAGGGUGCCAAUGCUAAAUAUUAUUAUUUAUUAUCAUUAUAAGUAGUGAUAGUUUAUUUUUCUUCAUUUUAAAUUAAACCCCAAUCAGAAUAUCAUGGAGUUAUUUGUAUGCAUCAAGUAAGAUCAUUUAAAUUUAAACAAAGGAAUUUUUAAAUUUUGGUAUUAAUCAAAUGUGUUUUAACUAUCACAGUUCUUUUCUUGAAUAUUUAUGAUCACUUGCACAUGGUGUUUUUAUUUGAUAUAAACUAAAAAUGGCUAAUAAAAAUGUAAUAGUAGAUCACUUGUCCUAAAUAUACAAUUAGGUAAGUACCUACCUAUGAGAUAGGUAAAAUAUUUUAUAAUAACAUUGGAUGAACGGAUUAGUAAAAAGUUGUAUUCAAUAUGAAUAGAUAUUCAACUAUUAUUUUUUGUAUAUUUUUUGUAUGGUACUUCCUAAUUAAUAAUUCCAUGAAGAUUUCUAUUUUAUUUAACUUUCAAUGUAAUUAUUUGAUAUUUAAAUAAAUUGUUUGGAUUUUUAAUAUUUUCUCACCUCUGUGUGUGCUGUUGAAUGGCCACUGAUUACUUUUAUUAGUGACAUAAAUAAAAUUGCAUAAAGAUGGUCCACAUUUCUCACUGUUAAAAAAAUAAAUUAUUUUAUAAUUUCAAAAAUAACUCUUUCUUAUUUUAAUUCAUAUAAAUCUAAUAUUAAAUGUGGGUCUAAGUGUAGGGUAUUGUUGAAUAAAAAAAAAAAAUAGAAAUAGCAGAUGAAAAUGUAUCUAGAUAUGCAGAGUAACCAAAUUAGUAAAGGAUUAUAAAUGAAUGUAUUAUGCAAAGUAGUGUGAGUGUAGGGUAACCAAGAAAGAAUACAUUCAUAUUAGUUUAACAUUAUAUGUAUGUAUGUAUGUAUGUACAUAUAUCAAAAUAUUAAAAAAAAAAAUCAAAGAAAUAAUUUGAUUUAAAAUUAAAGUUAGUUAUUUGAAAAUCAAAAAUUAUGUAAAAUAGGUAAUUUAUAAAUACUAGUUACCUACUUAUUUAUAAUAGUUGUGAGAAUCCUAUAAGUAGAUACCUACCUAAUUAUCAAUUAUUAUUUUGUUGAACUAUUAAGUAUACCCAUAAAGCAAAUAAUGUAAGUAGGUUCUGGUAUAUAUUUACUUUUAAUAUUUUAAUAUUUUUUUAAAAUAGGAAGUACCUAUUGAAUUAACGCAUUUAAAAGGGGGAAAGGUUUUUUAUAUAAUUCAGUAGUACAAAUUAUUUAUUUGAAUAAACUCUUGAAAUACCUACCUAUUUACAAAAAUGUUUACUGUCCAAGUGUGCAAAAAAAAAAAAAAUGUAAUAAUAAUAUUAGGUUGUGAAGCAAUUAGAUUUUGAUUACUCUACUCAGAAUCUAAAAAUAAUACAUAAGUACUAAUAAAAUUAUAAUUAGCUAUAAUCAUUCUGAUAAUAUAAUUUGUUUGUAAAUAAUACCUUGUUAUUAUUUUUCUUAUUUUGUAUUCAUUUUAUUUGUAAAAAAAAAGUUCAACAAUUUUUUGUAGGUAAUCUAUAAAUGUCACAGUAAACUAUAUAAUUAAAAAAUCUGUAUUAUAAAAUAUAAUUUUACAUGUCAAUAAUUAUUAAAAUUUGAAUCUAACAUUGUAAUUGUAGAUACCUAUAUCAUGAUUAAACAAGAAUAUUAAUUGUUAAUUAACCAAUAUCCAACAAAGAUUAGUAUGAUUUAUCAUAUUAUUAAAUACCUAGUUAUAAUUACAUAUAAUUAUGAUUUAAGUUGAAAAGACCGGUUUAGUAAUUAAGUUUUAUCUGGGGUCUUAUCCAGUGCUCAAAUUUGGGAAGAGGGAACAUAAGUAGAAUCCGUACAUCAGUUAAUUUUACAGACAUUUUAGCUUAUCUCUACUAGGUAUUUGUUUGAAAUGUAACACAUGGUACAUAUUUUUUAUUUAAGUUUUAUUAAAUUGCAUUUUCAUUAAACUUUGAACAUUAAAUAAUAAUAAAAAAAAAAAAAUGAUUACUACACUACUCUCAACUUUUUUUUUACCACUAACUGCAAUUCAUAAUAAACUGUUUAACAAUAAAUCGAUUACAUUUUCGAUAUUUUCACUGUGCAAAAAAAAAUUGAAAUCUCAUAAAACCAAAUAAAAAUCUUAAAACCUUCACAAUUUCAAAUGGGUAUAAGCCACAAAGAAAUAUUCAGAAUAUUUUUAAAACUGUACCUUGUCUGGAAAGAGCUAUAAUAUACCUAUAUAUAAGAGAUUAUUAAAAGUAUUCGGUGAAAUUUCUGGCUUCUACGAUUAUUUUUCACUGAACUACACCAAAACAACUAAAUCGAAUGUAAAAGAAACCGUUAUUGUAUAAAUAUUACAUUUGCUCGGGUUUUCUCCAUUAUUAAGAAUGCUUGUUAGGAAAAUUAAAAAAUAAACUCAUUACACCAACUAAAACAUAAUUUUCGGUACAAAAGUUGUUUACAGAUAAAAAAAAAAUGUGAAAAGAAAAUACACAUAGAAUCAAAAAUAAUUCAAAUUUUCCAUAAAAUACUUAUUUUUUAAAAAAAAAAUUUAGGUUUUUAUGUAAAAGAAAAACUGUUUGUAAUCAUAUAUUUUAAAAUGUUCUAUUGCCCUUAUUUUUGAGGGCAAAAGGACUGCCUACUUUUGAUUUUCAUGUGGAGCAAUCUGUAUUAAAAAUUCCAUAAAUUGAUUAAAUAUUAGUUUGAAUUCAUAAUGGUGUUAAUUUUAGAUUUCCGUCAACCCGUAGACGAGAUUUUUCACUUUUAAGUUUGGGUGGUAGUAGUAGAGGAUCAUUUGAAUGGGGGUACGCCGCGUGUCGGUUGAAUAGUGUUUCUACAACUCUGCCUAUACUUCAAAGAGGAAUAUUUCGUCAACGGGUUGAUGGAAAUCAAUAAUUUCAACACAAAAAUUAAUUUCAUCCAAUGCUCCUAUCUAUUUAUGGAGCUUUUAAUAUUGGUGCCAUUGGAAUAUCUUAAGUAGGUAAUCGUUUCACCUCUAAAAAUAAGAAUAAUUUAACAUUUUAGAAUAUAUGAUUCCAAUAAGUUUUUAUAUAAAUCAUUUUUUGAAAAAAUUAAGUAUUUCAUAGCAAAUUUGACUAUCUUAUGAAAUUUGAAUAACCUAUUUAUCUAAGGAACAACCGGAAAAACAACUUAGCUACAGUAGUGUUUUUUACUUUUUUCUGUAAAACAUUAACUGUUGAAUUAUGUUUAAUAACUAGUAUAAAGGGGGUGUGGAUGACAAAGUCCCCCACGGUUUUGUCUGAGCUCAAUAAUUACAAGAGGCGGUAAAUUUUUUUUUUUAAAGUCUUAUGGUCUCCUGUUUUACUUUUCCAAUUCGAGCACUGGUAUAAACUUUUGAUUUAACUUUAAUCAAAUGUAUGUACAUAUAGAUGAUUUGAUUGAUAAUGAUUAUUAAUGCCCACUAAACAUAUCGAGGUAUAGUUUAUUUUAGCCAAAAAAAAAAACAAUCGGGUUAGGUAAAAAAAAACAAAUCGUAAUCCCUAAUUGUUCUAAAUGAAGAUCAAAUUCAAAAUGCACCAUGGUAAAUUUUUGGAAAUUUAUUUAUGCCUGUAAAAACUGUAAAAUUUCGAUUGUUUUACUGAUUUAUUAGAUAAAUUAAUGAAAUCAUAAUUUUACAAUGGUAUUGAAUGGAUUCAUAUUGACAUAAUAAUAAGUAUAAAAUGUAAUAUUAUAAUGUUAUACAACUAUUAAUAGGGUUAUCCUGAGCCGUAAACUAACCUUCGAAAUGUGUUGUCUAGAUACAGGAAUAAUUGGACUCUUAUCACCGUAAUUGCGGAGGCGUAGUUCAAAGUUUAAUGAUUUAAUUUCCUCUGUCUAUAGUUUUUAAUGCGUUCAGUAAUAAUAUACGGUACCAAAGUACAAUAAAUUAUUAUAUCGAUUUAUCCCAGAACUUAUCCUAAUGCGUGGCUAUUUUGGAUAUCGAGAUCACGAUCUGCAUUCGCGGGUGUUUUCUUUCGGGUAACAAUAUUAAUACAUUUUGUAUUAAAGCCGUGGUCACACGAUGAUGAUGUUAGUUGAUACCGCGAAAGUAUAACAUCGCCUUCGCAAUAAUUUAUUAUCACUAUUCACUAUUAUUAUGACGUGUUCACACCGUGUGAUACUAUACGUGACAAUAAUACCGUAGUCUUUAUUUAUUAUUAUUAUUAUUAAUUAAUUAAAAAUGUUAUCGGAAUGAGUGAAAUUAAUCAUUAUUCGCGUGAAUAUAUUGUAAACGCUUUUUAUGAAUGUAUUCAAAAUUUGGCGCUUAGUUUCCGCUAUCGUGUAAUAGUGAAAAAUAUAAAACGAUAUUGUCCGCACCAAGAUAAGUUUUGCGAGUACACACCAUAAUAUUAUCAUAAUAGUAUUAAUCACACCGUAUUUUAGUGUAUAGUACGACUAGUGAUAUCGACCGUCACCGUGUGACCGCGGCUUUAUUCAGGUACAAAUAAUGAUUUUCUGAAUAAUUUAUUGGAUAUUAUUUUUAUUUUUAUUUUAUAUACAAUAUCUAACACACGUACCUAUAUAUUUCUUUUCAGUUAUCGACGUAAUCGUAUAUUUGAUAUUAAUAUAUUUAGUUAUUAUUCUGAUUCUUAAGUAUUAUUUAGUUACACUUUCUUGAUUACAAACAAAUUGCUUUUCGUGAAGAUUAUGAAAUUAAAAAUUAUUUUUAAUCUUUGGCUGGUUCGUGUAGUAUAGCGAUUCAUUUGUGUACAUGCGAGCCGAGAUAUUUACCCACUUUUUCACGUGAUCUUUUUUCAAAUAAAGUUAAAAUUUAAUAGUGGAGGAACUACGUUAUUAGAUAAAAAUCAUUCAGUGAAGGGUUAAGUUUAUACCUUGUUUGUGUAGGCUUUUCGUAUUUUAUGUUAAAACCAUUAUUUUUAGAUUCUGAGUGUAGCGAAUUAGUUUUACUAAGAUGGUUUUUUUUUUUAUAUAUAUAUACUGUCUACAAAAAUUCUACCAGAAAUCUGGCUCAGAUACAUACGCGUGACACCAUUUCUGAUAAGAAAUAUUGUCCAGAUCGUACUUUUAGAAGGGCAUUUUUUGAUUUUUCAAGUGGUUUUCAUAAUAUCUGAGAAAACUUAGGAUAAAACUUAAGAAAAACGGGAAAUUUACGAAAAUUAUGCUUUUACUAUAUUUCAAUUUUAUUAUUUGUUGUAAUUCAGUUAAAAAUAUUCGUAAAGACUUGAAAGUUGGAUAUAAAACUUAUAUUUGUCUUUUCUAAACAUGGUAAAAUUUUCGAAAAAUUAUUUCCAUGUUUAAGCUUUUUAUAAAAAUUAUAAUAUAUUUGUCUUUUUUAGACGUGGUAAAAUUUUCAAAAAAUUUAACUAUUUUUGAGCUGUUUAUUGACAUUUUAAUUUUGCAAGUUUGGUACGUAAUUUUUAUUCCUUAUGUACUCUGUAAUAAAAUUGUUAGACUUAACAGGAGGUUCAUUAAGAGUCUUGCUUUGUGGUCAAAAAAAGAAAAUUUGAAUUUAAUGUAGUGUUUUUUUUUUUUUUUUUUUGAUAUUAUGUUAUGUUAAAUAACUAAAUAUUGUCUUCUUUAAAGUAUGUUUGUCGUAAAUGAAUGUGGUUAUAAAUACCUAUUAUUAUCCUAGGGUAUGCAAGUUCGAACCCGUGUUUCUUUUUUACCUAAACAAAGAAAAACAAAUGCAUUUUGGGUGUACCUAGAGACUCAAGCUAUCGCUCACUCGGACUAUUUUAAUCAAAUACCCCUCAAUUUAUUGUGUUAACUUUUCUGCUCAAAAUCUUGCUCCGAUUUACAAUGAUAGCACUUUUUCUAAAAUGAAAUCUGACUGAGGAGGUACUUUAGAUAAGUAAUUUUUCGAUUUUCCUUAGAGUUUUCUCCAACAAGUGAGGAAAACGCGAAAAUCUGUAAAAUAUUAAACAAAUAUUAUUGAAGAAAAUAUAUAAUGCCUAUAAUUAUUUUACCAUAAUAUGACAUAUAUUUUGUUGACAAAGCAUCAUUAUCAACUGAACUGCGCUCAGAAUUGUUUUUUCGUUAGCAAUGGCUUAUCGUUGCUUACAGAUAUACAUUAAAUUAUCUAUAACAAGGACUGCACCCUACCCCAUUAUCCUAGGAUGUUUUUUAUUUAAUUUUUAACGUGUUAGGAUGACCUAAUCACAAAAUAAUUGGUGACCCAAUGGUCCUCUAAACCCUGGUAUAGUAGGUGUAGUGAAUAUAACAGUAUCAUAUCAAUGUCGAUUGAUAAAAUUAAAACCCUUGGGAAGGAAACUCGAUCCCUGCAGGUAUUUUCCGGUAGAAUGGGCAUGUAUUUUUAUUUAAAGCCGCCUUUAUUAACGUCCUUGACAUUUUGUCUGCAUACACAGGGCUUAGUAUAAUAACCUCGAUACUUACUAUAAUGUUUUCCUAGUAUUAGUAGGUACCUAUAAUUGGAUUUCACUUAUGGUUAAAUCAAACGCAUCACGAUUAGGUACGUGUCUUGCAAAGUUGCAAGGCCACGAUUUUCAUAUCCACAUGGGAUUUUGUUGUAUGUUAGCUAUAAAAAAAGAAAAAUUUUAAAAAAAAAAUCGCAAUUCUGUUUACGUAAUAUCUGUUAAGGACAAAUUUCAAAUUAUUAAUCACGAAUCAUGAUGGCUUAUGAAUAUGUAAUUUUGAAUAGGUAUAUAUACAAGUAUAUUAUAUUGAUUGUUGUAUAAAAAUGUCUCGCAAAUUAACCCCUUAAUAAUGUUUUCUUUAAUUAAUAUAUUAUAUUAAAUUAUUGCUAUAAUUUUCCGUUAGUGAGUGAUAUUGUAUAAUAUAUAAAAAUAUUUAGAAUUUUCAGAGCAAUAAUAUUUUUAAUCGUGCCGGUUCUUUUUAUAUACUUUUUUUUUAUUAGAAUCGAGCUGCGUACGGCGAAUUGACUUCUUCUGUAAGUCAUAUCACGCGUGUUUAAAUAAAACGUGAGAGUAUCAAUAGAUUUGACCAACGAUUGCAAAUACAAAUCAUUAUAUAAGCGCUCAUAUAUAAUAUAAUAAUAAUAUAUAUUAUAUUGUGAUAGACACUUAUGUAAAUUUAUUGACGGUCAAAAUCGGACUCAUUAAUCUUAUAAUAAUAACGUAUUUAUUAAAAUACCUAUGAUAUUUUACGAAAAUCUAUAGAAUCGAAUAUGUUCAAAGUAUUGUCAUCGUUCGAUUUACUCAAAAUCGGCUGUAAAACUUUAUUGAUAACUUAUCUUAUUAAUUUAAUAUUUUUGCCGGGUUUUGAAAAUCAAUUUGAUUACAAGUAUACCCUGCAGUGGUCCGAUGUUUGAGAAUUGUAUAGAAACCUAUUUUGUUGUACCCGAUCCAACACAAUAAGAAUAAAAUUCCAAGUUCAAAAAAACCAAUUUGAAUCUGCAGCUAUUUGAGAAACACCUUGUUCAAAAACCAAAACUUUCGAGAAAAAAAACUCAACCAUAGUUUUUCUUAAUCCCCACAAAUUUUACCGCUGUUAAAAAAUUGAACAAAUCGGGAUUCUCUUGAAGUAAGUAAAUCUAUAUUCUGUAUAAUAAGAAUAAACUAAAAUUGCAAUAAAACUGGAUUCUAUUUUUUUUAAAAAAAAAGAGCUUCUCUGCUUGUAACUUAGUUUGUCAUAUUUUUUUAAAUCAUGCGUAGUUAUAUUUAUUUCACUUCCGAAAAUAAUGGUAAUGUGUAAUAAUUUAGAGCUGCUUUUUUUUAAAUCCCCGAAGAAAACGAAAACUUUCCAAGAUAUCACAAUCGGUAUAUCUUCUUACUUUUGACUACUACAGUAAUUAAAACCGUAUUUCCUUUGGAGAGAAUAGGUAUAUAUAAAAUCUAAAAUAAUACAUCAAAUUACUAAUUUUUUUUAUGUCAAUUUCGAGCAUGCGCAUAAACAUUUUUUUUUUUAAUAGCAACUCCCCUCUUUUUGGGGGGGGGAGCAAUUUUUUUCCGCGAAUUUGAAUGGCCAAGCCAAUUUUCUAUAUUAAAAAAUAGCCAAAUUAUUGAUUUUUAAAUGUUUGAUAUUUGUUGUAUUUGGGGAAGAAGAUAAUCAAUAUCCCUCUCAAUAUGGCUAUUUAAAAAGCACUAGAAGAUAUCAUGAAGUGUAAAAAGAAAAUUGAUCAAAUUGAUGAAUAAUUAAAAAAUAUCAAUAAAUAAUGUCAAACAUUUAAAUAACCAUAACUCGACUAUUUGUUUAACAAGAGUUGGUUUGACCGUUAAAAUUUAAUUUUAAAAGAAAAAAUAAGAGUAAAAAUAAUUACUAAAAAAAAGGGGGGGGGGAGUUUCCAUUAAAUAAAUAAAAAGUUUUCAUGCGUAUGCACAAAAUUAAAUGACAUACAAAUAAUAGUUUAAUAAGUGUGUAACAUAGUUUGUCAGGCACACUAAAACACAAAAUUAAAAUAUAUUUAAUAUGUGCAAAAUAUCAGUGAUUACAACUAACGAUAUUACACACUGUAUAUUAUCUACCCAUUCUACCUAAAGGACCUCACUAUGCGUUUUCCAUCCCGUUGGGCGAGUACGGCAAAUUGACAACGAAAGACAACGCAUCUAUAACGGAACGUAUAGUUUCUAAUUAGAGGCACCACACUAUUGCGGCGAACCGCAAAUGAAGUAGGACAAUUCAUGCGUGAAGUAAACCGGCAGGACGUGAUAACGAAACAUUCAAUUGAAGGUUCACACUGCUGAUUUUCCAUAACUGUACUGAAAUAUUAUCAUACAGACACUAGUUUUAUUCGCGUAUAAAUGAACAAACGACAGGACAGUUACCUGAUAGUGUGGGAUAGUAGUCGGUAGGAUAAGCUUUCAUUCCCGUUCUGCUACAACCCCCUCAAACGAAAUACAAAUUGCAUAGUGUCACAAAGCUCUAAAAAAAUACAAGUUUUAAAGAUAAAAAUUCAUGCUUAUAAAAAUCUCACACUACGAAAUAUAGAACAUAUAUUAUGCAAAUGUUUAACAAAGAACAUUUAAGCUCUUGGGUUUUUUUUUUUUAACAUGCUUUAGUAAAUUAUGUUUAAUUUAUGCCAUUUUACGAGUUAGUUCGCGUAGACUUGGUCGUAAAGGAACAGAGUUUAUCGUCUAGAAUUAUUUCAAUAGUUUCCAGAUGUGCAUUUUUAAUGGGGAUAAAGUAUAUUUCGAUUUGUUCGCUGAGUGUGAGUGUGUAUAUUAUGUUUGAAUCGAAAAGUAUUUCGGUAAAAUAAUCGUACUACUGUACUUACCUAAUUGUAUAGGUAUACUUACAUUGUUUAAUUAUAUAACUAUCUGUACUUGAAUUUCAUUGAUCUUGGCGAAUUAAAUGCCCAUGGAUGUAUAAACCCUUUCUCCAUCUCCACCCCAUCUACCGGGAUUUACCUCAAACCUCUGUUCAGUUAUAAUAAUACCUAAUACCUCACUGUUUUAAUGUUAGUAUAUUCUAUAUAAUAUGGUUAAUAUGUUGUACAUGGAUAAUCACACGACUGGGGCAAAUGAUUUCUAGCAUUAAAUUUGCAUUUGUUUACGUAGCUCCAAAAAUGAGCCAGAUUAAAAGGAAUUUGUUUCAUGAUUUGAUAAAACCGAAUUUGUAAUUUUUUUAUGCAUAUUUAGUCCAUUUUUUGCCUUUUGGGUCUUGAAUGUUUUUUAAUUAUUUUUCCGUCUUUUUUUGUACAACCUCUCAAAAAUAACAUGUAUACAUUUUGCGUAUAUUAUAAAGGUAAAUAUCUUCUUUAUUGCUAUUUUAAAGCUACAUGUUCUCUUAUGACUAAAUGAGUAAACUUGUUUGCGCAUAUGAAGGUGUUCUCAGACUAGAAAUAAACGAUAGAACCCCGGGGGGGAAAAUGGUUUGUUUUGAUUAUUGGUAUACAUAUGUAACAUAAUACAUGAUCAUCGUUCCUUACAAGUCUAGAUGCACACACAGCAAUAGAGAAAACGUGUAUUUUUGUUAACAUGCCCUCGUUUAUUACCUAAGUAGUAAUAGUCAUUUAUUUUGAUACAGAUUCUUCUUUAUAGUAAUAAAAUAUAAUACAUUUAAAAAACACAUAAUGGUACAACAUUAUGAACAAGGCCAAAACGAUGCACAUAAAUAAACGCUAUUUAAAUCAGAGAAAACCUCACUGCAUAGCCAAUCGCGUGGUUCUUCCAUGAAAAUAUUAAAUGCAAGUCACGAACUAGUUGGCAGUCAUCUACACAUGAUGGAUCAAGACAAUUCGUCCGUUCGACUGGACUUAAAGUUGCAGGGAAACAAAUAAAUGCCUGAGUGUGUUAUUUAAAUUCAUUGGUUAAGGACCUAACCUACACCUAUCCUAUUUGUAAAAUAUAAUAUAAUCUUAAAAUUCCAAUAUCGCUUCCUCUGGGGCUUUCGGCCACCUCUAUUCGUAAGCUCAAAUUGAAACUUUGUCGAAAAUAAUUCUCGAUUUUUACUGCAAAACACGUCGAGUAAGUCAAAGGGGAAAAAUGUUUUUAUUUGCGUGAAUUUUUUGCCUUUCUUUAACCAUGUCACUGCGGGGAAAUAACAGGCUAAUAUUACAUUUUCCAGAGUGAUAAGAAAUAGGAUUUAAAAAAAAAAUACCAUCUGUUAACAAUUUUAUUUAGUAUCAGUAGUGUAAUGGCGAUGAGCGACCAAUAAACAACGAGAGACAAGAUUAUCGAUUUUUCAACUUAAAAAUCGAUCUAUACGGUUUUUCAACCACUAAAUAUUUUAGGUUAACAUUUGGAAUAUUAACUUUCUUGGAGCAGUAUCAGGUUUGGAGUAAGGAUAAGAUUUUUAUGUUUCGAAGUCGUUAAACUUGGAUGUCGAUUAAAUCGCGAGUGUUAACGUUUGCACGUUAUAAUAAUUUUGUAGAUUCUUUUUCGUCCGCAAAUCUUGUUCCCCGUUUCUAUAGAGAAAGCUCGUCAUUUGGCCUUUGAAUGGCUUACGGUUUUUUCUGUUUGUCGCUUUGGUAACGAUCACGUUGUUCGCCGUACGCCGCCAUACCUAUUAUAUUGUCCUAACCUAACCUAAUAUAAAUAAUGUUUUAACAAUAAUUGUUAUCAAGUAUUUCUCUACUCUACGUAUAACGGGGCCAUAUUUAAUGGGAACCUCAUAAACCUUACUCGAGAAUUAUUGUAGAUAAUAACGGUGAAAACCAUGCAUACAAUUUUUCAAUUUUUGAUAUUGUAGUACAGUCGUAUAAAACAAAGAGCUCUGGACAUUUAUACUAUACAAUUAUAUUGUAUUAGUAUACGAUUUUAUCAAUUAGGUACACGUUGCAAUUAUUCACCAUAAUAAUAUAGUUUAUAUUGAAAUAACAUUUUAAUUGUAAUGUUUAUACAAUAAAUAUAAUAAUCGUAAUAAAAAAAAAAAUUCUACCGUGGCGUAUAAUCCAUUUGUAAGUGCAGUUAUUAAUAUUAUUAUCAUAACUAAAUUUGAAAUAUAAUAAUAUAUAUUAAGUUUAUAUUAUAUAUUUUAUUUAGUCACAAUUUUCUACUCUUCGGAAAUUCUAAUAAUAUCAAAGACCGAAUGUGAAGAAAAUGUAUAGUUUUACUAUAAUAUUGAUAUAACGUCUAUGAAUAUAACGUAUUACAAUAAUUAACUAGCAAUAUGUUUUUAUUUAUUUUAUUUUUUUUAUGUUCAUUUAAAAAAUGAACGAUAUAUUAUUUAAACGUAAACUGAUUUGUUAAUACACAAUCAUUUUAUAUACAUAAAUUUUUUAAUUCAUGAACAUAUAAUUUAUAAUUUUCAUUUAACCAAACACUUGUAAAUUUAGCAUUUGACUGUAUUAGUUAUAUUAGAUUGUUAUUAAUUAUAGUAUUAAUUAUUGUUCAAUAGGCGUCUUGUAACCGUGAGUAAAUAUUAAAUUGUUUACUGAUGACAUUUUUUUAUCAGUUAGUUACUGUAACCCGGUUACUCUUUCUAGUAAACACCAGUGCUUUUUUGUAACCGUUCAUUUUGAGUUGAUAGUACAUGGUUUACUAAUGUUCGGUUACUAAUUACAUUAAAAAAUACACACGUGUGUUAAGAUUAAUAAUAUGCAUUUUCAAUUUAAUCAAAUACACGACACCCGUAUAGUCGUUUUGUUUAAUAGUGUAUAAUAGUUAUAGUUAAAAUAAAAAACACUAUUUUUUGUUGAUUUUAUCAACACAGUAAUUUUGCUGGUAAAAUUAUGCUGAACAUUUUUGUACAACAUCAAGUUAAUUCUAAAAUGUUCCUUGGGUCAUACAGUAUUUAACGUGGAAAUUAUGUACAUUGUAUUUUAUUAUGAUCCAUUUUUCGAUAUUAGCUUCCGAAUAAUUACUGAACUAGACGUAAGAUUGUUUAGAUGACGUUUAGGUUUCAUCAUGACCAUGAUAAUAUUAUUAUCAACAUUAUCAGAUUCUAUUAUAUAGAUAUUUAUUUAUUUAUUUUUUUUUUUUUUUGGAAAACUCAUAGUUAAAAUAAACUAUAUUAUGUAAUAUGAAAAAUAAAUAGGUAUUAAUGAUUAUAGUUUUUCGAUCAUAAUAGUGUUAUCAAAUAUUUCAGUAACUAAAUUUACAAAAAUGUUAUUUUUUAGUUUUUCAAUAACCAGAAUUUAUAACCGUAAACUUAUUAAUCACUGAACUGUUUACAACGUCAAAACACGCCUAAUGUAAAUAACAUUUUUUAGAACUAAUAAACAAACUUAUAUUAUCUAUAUUAUAUGAUUGUGCUUUACUAUAAAAUUAUAUUAUAUUGUUGUUAUCGCUCUCUAUUAUUAUUCGCUAUUGAAAUUCAAUGAUGGGCUAGUUAUAAUAAUUUAACGACGUUAAAUUUAGACGUAACUAAGAUUUUCAGUUCACUAUAUUCAUUAUUUGAAUCCAGGAAAAUGGGAGCGAUUAGUAGAUUCCUUGGCCCCGAUGGCACAAAAAUUCGAGAAGGAGAGAUAGCCCUAAAUACCAUUAGAAAACAAAAGCGUGACUAUUCAUUUUAGAUUCUGAGUAGAACGAGUGAUGUAUUUUUUAACAAAAAACACUUCAUUCAGUAUUAAUUUAAAAUGUUUAAAUUUUAAACAAACAUUUUAAUUUUUUAGUGUCUAUUCUAAAUUGUUUUAAGUCUAAGGAUUAUCCCUUUGGAGAAAUCCAUACUUGACCUCUUGGCAAUCAAAAUUAAUAUUUCUUAAAUUUUACUUUAUUUUUCAAAGCGUUCCUGUAGGAGGGCUAUAUUAUAUAAACCUGUACACAUAUUCACAUGGACUAACCCACUCCUCUCCUUAGUUACGCCGGCUGUCUUGAAAAUACAAUUUUAAUUCUGUCAGACUUUUUUGGUGUAGAAACACUUAAGUAUUAUUAUUAUGUUUUAUAUUCCCUAAAAUAUGAUUUUGUACCAUGGUUUUUGGGAAAAAAACGUUUUAAAGCGUGUCACUGAACAGAUUUCUAUUGUCUCGCAGCGGUUACAAUGUGUUGGUAAAACGUAUAAUAAUACAAAUUACAAAUAAUUAUUAUUGUUACUUUCAUAUUGUUAUACAUGUAAUAUCUUCAUAAUACAAUUAGACACUCAAUCAAGAUUCGUUUAUUUGUUAAUUGUUUUCUAUUUUUGCGUGUAAAACUCCUCGAUUGUUAGGUUGGCGUUUGCCCGCAUGAAAUUUACACGAAUGUUCCUAACCUUACCUACGGCUACUGUUCAAAAAUUUGUUAUACAUUUCGUUCGAUAUAAUUAAAAACCAAUAAACUAUUUUAAACAGAAUUGUUCACACACUCGAUAAUAAUACUCCAUACUAUACGUACAUUCAAAAUAUAAUAUUUAAAAAGGCUGAUACUGCUGAUAGGCAAGUCACUGUUUUAGGUGGAAAGUUUGAAAGGAAGAGUAAUAUAGAGUAAUUUGUACGCAGCGAAAAAUAAUUCUGAACCGGGUUAAUUUUUCGUAUUUAUCUCCCAUUAUUACCAAGGUAUUUCAGAAGUCAAUAACAGGUUUACAAAAUAUUGCCAGUUUUUCCCAUUUACUAAGAAAAAUAAAUCAAAAUUACCUCAACGCACCGACUCAAUUAGAUAAAGAAAACUACAAAAAAAUUCCUAUACAGUGGUUCAUUGGAACAGGAUUUCUAGUAGAAAAGUUGUUGGCAGGUGCGAAAAAAAACACAUCUCAGUAAAACCAAUACAUUGUUCUCGCUAUGUUCAGAAUCUAAUAUAUUUUAGAGCGUGUUGCACUGUUGUUGCCUAUCGCGCACCUAUUUUAUUCGAUGUUUGUAUAGCGUGAUGUAUUUAGAGACCCUGUGAUUUAUAUUUUAAGUAUUCGCAUUAAUAGAUUUAACUGUAUUCGUUUAUUCGAUUUAGUUCAUGAAGUAUGAAUGAUGAAACAAGUCAUUAGUACUGUUUUAUAUCAACUAUUCGAGUAUCAUAGAUUGACUUGUCAAAAAUUAACGACUUGUGCAAAUCAUAUUUUCAAAUGGCACGCUAUUAUAUAAUAUACUCGAAAAUGUCGUUGAAAAUUAAAUGAUACUUAUCGAAAAACAUAUUUAUUUUUUUAAUUUUAAUUUUUUUACAUUAGGUUCCAAUACGAUAUAUAUUACAUUUCAAAAAAAAAAAAAAAAAUUAAAACAGUUAACCUGAUUUUUUUUUUUCAAACUUACAAUCACAGAGAGUUGACUGAAUCUUGUACAGCCUAUAUUAUGUAUAUAUUGUAUGUAAAUGGAUCGUGUAAUUUAUGUAUAUUUUCUAAUUUCGAGGUUAGUUUCUCAAUAUUUUAGUACAAAUUUUAAUAAUACAAUGACCUAGAUCAUGUAGGCACUAUACUUUUUUUAAACACUUUUGUAAGUACUGCGAACAAAAUAUGUUUAAUUAUUAUUUUCUAAAAUUAAAGUUUUAAACGAUUCAAUUUCGUGUUUUAAUAUAUCUAGUAUAUCUAGUAUAUAUCUGUCUAUAAGUUUAUGGCCAUACCUGCAAUUUAUUUUAUUUUCCAUUUCACUUAAUAGUCCAAUGCAUGCGGGUAAACAGAGCCACGAUUAUCCGGGGGAAAAAGUGAUGAUUACGGCUGAGUAGAAAUAUUAUAUAUUCUUUAAAUAAUGUUUUUAAAAUGUUUCGAGCGUUUAUUGAAUUUUGGCGAGUGUUGCUGGGGCCUAAGGCUGUACCACGCCAUAUAAUCUUUCCCUGUGUGCAAGUCCUAUGUCUGUAUUUACCUACUGUGUCCAUUAUUGAUAUCAAAAAUUAAUUUUCUGAAAAAUACCGCGCAACUAAAUUACAACGACAAACCGAAGCUUUUUAUUAUAGUCACUGGGCCGGGGAACCCGUGAGGGGGCCACGGUUUUACGGAUUUAUAAGGGUCGCGUGGUAUCUGAAAGAAAUAAUAAGCGAGCGAUAGGCGAAACCGGAAAAACUGUUCCAGACAAAAUCGUUUUGAAUGUUUCGGUAGUGUAGUCGGUUCCCCGUGCCCGGAUAAUGUUGGGGUAAAAACAUUUUCGUAAGUUGUAUUUUUUGUAAGUGUUGUACGCGUAUAUAAUAUAAAUAUAUAUGUAUAAAAUAAUGCGGCGGCGGCCGUGCGUCUUCCCCGCCACCGCGUGUGCAUGUACCGCCGCGGCCGCAGAUCGGUGUGGAGGAGAAAUAGUAUAAAUGCCGUUACCGGUACCAAUCGAUCGCGCGACGGCGUGCACACGACUCGCAGCUACUACAGCGUUGCCGGAUUGCGCUCAAACACGCGAGCCUGCCGCCACCGUUCGAAAUUUCCGGCAGAGUACCCGCGGCGGCGGCGCUGCUGCUGCUGCUGCUGCUGCUGCCGCCGCCGCCGCUGCCCAAACACUAUCGCCCCGCGACGGGCGGUUUACGGGUCGGCGGCCCCCGUGUCGGCGCGGCGGGUAAGAGAGGUAUGACAUUCGCUCGAACUCGGAGCCACUUAAUAUCGUGCCAUUUUCAAUUCCGUCGACUUGAGAUUUCCCUUUCCCUUUGUACGCCCGGCUGCCGCCGCCGUCGAUGACGAUAAUAAUUUAUCCAAAUUUCAAAUAUAUUUGGUCCGCCUCCGCCCGUGUCUGUCCGGUAUACGGUUUUCCACUGCGCGCGUGUGAUAUGAGUACGCCGUGACGAGUUUUCCGCUCACGUCGCACCAAAUAUUGUGGACAUUUUUUUUUUUUCCGACGAUAGAUAAUCGCCCUUUGUUACACGCCGUUUUCCCGACAUUUCGUCAACGCUGGCUGUUUACUGUUAAUUAAUAAUUAAGAGCCGAUUUUUCAAAAUAGUUAAUAAAAAUCGAUUUCGAUCGAAAGCAAUUUUCCGAAAACUUUCAAAUAACCGAUUUUACUCUUCACGGUCAUAUAUUUAGCAUACGUGCAAAUGUGAAUCGGUUUUCGGUUAAAAUCGGAAAACUCUGUUUCUCUAUGUUUUCUUUUUUCGUUAUCUCCGCGCCCGCCAUCACAUCUUGCAUUUUCUUGUAUUGUAUUUUUGCUAGCGAUAUUUUCUGUAAUCUCAAUCGUAAUUUAAAUAUUUCGGACCGGCUAUCGUUAAAAACCGAAUUUCAGUUAAACAUAUUACUGCUGUUAUUAUGAAAUAUGUAUUCUAUCCGUCUGUCGAACAAUAGUAAACGGCUUUACACACUCGAUACAUCCGUAAGCGAUACGUAUAGCUAAAUUUGUUGUAUACGAGUUCACUUUUAUUCGUUGGUUAUCACACGGUUCUAUAACGAUACGGCCAAUAACCGAAAAUUGUGUGUGUUCAUUCUACUAAAGUCUAAAAGCCGAAUAAAUUGCGGCGACAACGGUUCAUUUUGAAAAUAAAAUAACAUAAACGACCCGAUACUCUUACUCCAUUCGUAUCUCGUACAUUAUUUAUUAUUUAUGUACUUGUUGAUUAAGUAGUUGUUUUUUUUUUUUCGUAAUACAUAUUAUUAUCUUCGGUCCCAGGGAAGAACGGCCAAUUCAAUUCUGUACAACCGAAUUCAAUUUUGGAAAUUAUCAAAUGACAUAAUCGCUAAAUAGCCAUAAAUUAAUAACAUGUGUUAAAGUAUACAUACACUUAUGUAAUUUAAAAAAAUAUGGAAAAGAGGAAAUUAUAAAAAAAAAAAAAAAGUCAAAACUGAUUUAAACCCUGAAUUCUUUACUGGGACCAAAAAUAUGCGUAUAUAUAAAUGGAUAUAAAAACACAAGACCUGUAAAAAAUAGUAUACAGUUGUGAUAUACUUCUAUUAAGAGAGAGUGAAUCGGUAUUCAUACUAGAUCUGUGUCAAGUCGCUAAGAGCAGUCAUUAUUUUUUGAGGGUUUUAAUAUUUUUCCGGGGGGGGGUAUAUUCUCUUCCGCAUAGUAAAUAAAAAUUAUCAAAGUAAUAACACGAACCGAAUAUAUCGUAAAUUAUCAUUGUGCAAAUCCUGCUAUUUCUCAAGAUAAAUAAAAAAAAUGAUUAAUAGCAACAAUACUUUUUGCUUUUAUAAAACGGCCAAUUGUGAGAAUUAAAGCCAAAGCACACUUAGGGUACGCCGCUGCUACACAUUAGAAAUAUAAAAAAAAAAAAAAAAAAACUAUGUGACUGUAUAUUAUGUAGGUAUGUAUAAGUAUAAAAAUAAUUUCGAUAUUGACAUUAAAUUCCAAAAAACAAAUCAGACUUGUAAGUACUUAUACGAAUUAAAAUGUGUAAUUUUAUAAAAUACGAUUUUACUAACCUAGAAUACUAAAAAUUCAAAGUACAAUAAUUUUUUUUUAUUAUUAAGUGUUCCUAAAAUGUGAUUAAGAGUGUUUCUAUUUCUUUGGUAAUUAUACGUUUGCUAUAUUAUAUCCGACGCGGAAUCGUUCGUCAAAAAUGUACCGCAAAUGUUUGAAAUUUCGACGACCUGUAUCGAGCUGUUAUUAGUUGAAUAUGCGUGGGCCGGUGGAAAAAGCUAAUACUGCUGAUGAGUGUGCCGUUGUUGUUUUAAGAGGGAAAUUAUUGGAAAUGAGGUUGUAUAAAAUAAUUCAAUUUAUAAUUAUGUGCAACGAUAAACUAUUGCUAACGAACAACGAUUCUGAGCAGACUAUUAUAAGUUAUGAUGUAAGCCAAAAUUAACUAUAAGAAAAAAAAAACAAGUGUCAGUUAUUAUUGUUAUUAAUGAAAUUACAAGAAAAAUCAAAAAUAACCUUUCCUAUGAUCAUCAGCUAGAUAAAAAUGCUCCAAGAAAUUUUGUAUAAAGUAACGGUUUUCUCUUUAAAUUAAAUUUGGACUGCGUUCAUCAUAUCGCCUACGACUUCUGGAUCAAGUGGAAAAUAAAAUUGACAGUUUUAGUAGAAAAUACCAUUUAGAUUUUACUACAUUUCAAGACAAUGUAUUUUUACACCAGUUAUUUUUCCAUCGAGUUUUAAGAUAAUUUUUGCAACCAAACGGACCUUGGACAAACGAUUUUCAAAGACGAUAGUUCAGUUCAGUCAACCUGGGUGUAUAUAGCACAUAUAUAUAACAGUAUUAUUAUUAUAGAGACACGUGAACACGUUCGAUUAGACACAAUCAUUAUCUCCGUUUUUAUAGUUCUGAUUGAAAAGUUUUACUCGAAUGUAUUAUAUUAUUAUAUGUUUACAAUAAUUAAAAUUCUGGUACCUAAUAUACCUAUUAUACGAUAUCGGAUUUCAAAAAUAUUUUAAUUAUUUCUUCAAUAAAUAUCGUAGGUAAUAUUGCUGAUUACUUAGGUACCUAUAUUACUUUACACCUACCUGCCUAAAUGUUUUUUAUACUCGUUUCACUUCGUGUAAAACAUAGAUAUUUGUGUUGAAUAAGUAUUAUGAGACAAUAUCGACAGUUAUAUCUGUAACGCGGAUUCUUUUACACAGUGUUCCCAGUGACUUGUGUGUGAUUGGGAGAGAGGAUAUAUGUAUGAUGUAUGGAUUCCUCUUGGACCCUGGCUUUUUACAAUUUUAUUUGAACAGUUAUAAUUUGUUGGAAAGUUAAUAUUCUGAAAGUAACUGCAUUGAAAACCUAAUUCAAAGGAAUUUAAAAUAACUAUAAAUAAACGGAUGGAAAUAAAAUAUUAGAAUUCUAAUGGUAUUGUGUGUAAAACAUUUGAAAAUAAUUUUACUAAAAGAUAAAAUGUCGGACCUCUAACUUUUUGGAAAAUGUGAUAACGGCUAAAGUACCAUGAUUGCAGCAAAACGUAUUUGCGUGUUUUGUAUAAUCCGUGUAUUAUUGUGUUUUAUAUCCAUGAUCUACUGCAUCCCACGAAGAAUAUAAAAUAGACACUUGAUCAGCCGAUAGAUUCUAGACUGAGCGUAACGAUGAGUGUAUUGGUUUUAUCAUGUGUAUUUUUUUUUCUGUCUGUAGUCAGCCUUUCUACUAAAAAUCUUAAUCAAAAUAUGCAAAGAGACCUUUUUUUUAUUUGUUUAUUUUACGACAAUAACGACUUUAAUUUAGUUUUUCUACCAGAAAUUUUGCUGCGAAUUUCAUAUAUAGCAUUUUUUAAAAAAAAAAAAAUUAUAUACUUGAUGUCUUUUUUUUUUUUACUUUUUUGUAUAGUUUUAUUUAAUAACCGGGAAAGUUUUCAGAAUUAAUAGUUUCAUUAUUUUCGAUUUAUUUAUUUUGUUCAGUUAAAAAUAAUUAUAGAAAUCUCAAAUUUACACUGAAUAUUUAUUUGUGUUAGGCUUUUGUGGACGUGGUAAAAUUUCAAAAUAUUGUAGCGAUUUUAAAUUAUUUAUAGGCAUUUGAAAUUUUUAAGGUUUUUGCUUGAAAAUGUAAUACGGGAAUAGUUAUAAGUUGAACUUAAUGUUCAAAAAGUUAAGCAUAAUGCUGCAAUUUUUUUUCAUAAGCGUGUUUUAAGAUCAAAUUAUUAUAAAAUCGUGAAAAUUACGGUAUAAAAACAUGUAUAGCUGAACUUCGCUCAAAAUCGUUUUUCGUUAGCAGUGGUCUAGUCUAUUGUUACGUACAGAUAUUAAUUAAAUAACUAUGUAUUCUAUCUUCUCAACUAUCCAACUACCACAGUCGCAUACCUAUCCCCAGUAUCAGUAGCUCUUUUUUCAAUUUUGUUUCCUUGUGAUCAGAAACCUAAACCCAUGAUACACGUUUGUUUCUCUUUUUAAAUUUUAAAGUCAUUUAUAGUGAUAAUAUGUGCCGUGGGUAUAGUUUUAGGAUUUAGUUUAGACAACAUUUUUCAAUAAAAAGAAAAAAAAACAAAAGUCUUAUAGCCCAUAUCUGUUUUUAUGAAUACAGAUCAAAGGUUUUCAUGUUACUAAAUUUUUCAUUUAAGAAAACAGGUAUUAAAUUCAAGAUUAAUGAAACUAACAAAAGAAUAUAUAAAAAAUAUUUAUUUACUCUGAUAAUCCAACCUGGAAAACCCAUGGAAAAGUUUGGGAACAAUCAUAAUGGAGUAUUGUGGCAACCAUGAAUUGGUUUUUGUAUUUUAAAUGAAUUUACCCUAUUUACCGGAUAAAUGUCCAUCACUAGAUUCGUCCAUUUAUUUCGCACGGGAAUAUACGGAGUAUCUAUUGCAGCCCCAUGAUUAUGACAUUUUCCAACAAAUUAUCAUUGAUUAAAAUUAUUUUUAUUUUAUUUUCAAAUUUUUAAAUUCAAAAGUAUUAUUUUUCAAAAAAAUUAUAUUUCUUGUAAUUAUUUUCCAGUUUUAGUGGACCAAUAAUCGGUAUACCUAAUUAAUGUAUCUGGAUUAAGAGAAUAAAAAGCUAAAACUUUGACAGGGUGCCUAUUUAUAUUAUGUAAUGUUUUCGAUUUAAACAUUUCGAAAAAUACUAGGAAGACUUACUUAUAAAUAAAGACAAAUCAUUUCAUUCGUGUAUUUUACAGUACCUACUCGUAGGUAUAUAAAUAAUAAUUUAUAUACUUCGAAUUUCGUUAUAUUUUAAUACGUAAUAUAAUAUCCUAACCGCCGAGGAUACGUGCUCACUAUAGUGUCUUUGUAGCACUCUGUAUUCGUUUUGCACGACCAACUCUCUCCUUUCCGACUAUGGUCAUCGUGUAAACAUUUCCCUUACUGCUACGUGACAUAUUUGUUAAUGUAUUUGUUUUCUGCUUUUGAACUACCCUUGUGAAUAAUUAAAAUCCUCUAAACGGUCCUUAUCUAAUGGGUAAAACUAUUGUAGUAGCUGUAAAUAGUAUGUUGGUGUCGUUCACAUGGUAUAUAAUAUUUUAUAAUGUCAUAAAAAUAAAAUGUAUUCCCUUAAUUUUAUUAAAGAAUCUAUAAUAAUAUACUUUUCAAUCAAUUAUUUAUUUGCUAUUUAAGAUUUCGACUUUAAUCUCAUCGCAUUAACAAUGUUCCUAUGAUGGAUUACAUAGAUAUAUAGCAACUUUGAUACUUUAUUUAUUUUUCAAAAUUAAAUUGUAUGUCUAUAACACAAUAAGAGUAUAAGUGACAUUUUAUUGAUUUCAAGUUUGAAGUUAUUGUAUUUAAUAUAAUUAUUAUAGUAUUAUCAUAUCAUCACUGUUUUUGUAUUAGAAUGAUAUAAAAAAAGUACCAGUAAAAAGCCAUAAUUGUGUUAACAGCUGUUGUGGACGCUUAUACCUUUUUACCUCUAAUCUAUUAUGGUAUUUUCAUAUGAAAACUAUUUUAGUGCGAUCUAGUAUUUGAUACUAGAUUGCAGCACACGAUAUAUAAUUCACUUAAUUUCUUUACUACAAAAUAGGAACUAAACAUUUUUAAAAAUUCACUUAUACCCCUUGGCUAUGUGUAUAAUGUAUACUAAGAAUUAAAAUUAUAUAGUUUUGAUCGAAUUUUCGUUUGCCGUUUUACCAUCGACCAUAUGACUAAUUAGUUAUUAUUAUUAACAAUGGUUUUGUUUUUUCUUUUUUUUUUUUAUAUAUAUAUAGGCACUGGUGAAUCGGGGAAAUCCACGUUUAUCAAACAAAUGCGAAUUAUCCAUGGUUCUGGUUAUUCCGACGAAGACAAAAGAGGGUUCAUCAAACUAGUAUACCAAAAUAUUUUCAUGGCCAUGCAAAGUAUGAUCAGGGCCAUGGACAUGCUCAAAAUACAUUACGCUGAUCCAACAUGUUCUGUGAGUGUUAAAUUAUCAAUUAUUUCAAGUUUAUUGAGAAAGUUAAAAUUAUUUUACUUACUAGUUAUUAUUAUGGGUAUAUGUGUACUCUAUUACUAUUUUUUAUCAUUAUUUGUACACAAAUUUUAAUUAAGCACUUCACAGUCCUAUUUAAAUCUUUCAAUGUUUAUUUAUUUUAAUGUAAAGCCUGCGUGUGCACUAUAAUUAAAAUUACAAUUUUGUGUCGUAAAUCAGUUUUAAGCGUAUAGAAAAUGUGAAAAAUUCACUUGUUUGCAUACAAAGCAGGGCUGUCCAUCAGAAGCUGGUCCCCCUAGGAAGAUCAAAAAAAUUUUAGAUUCUACAUAUAAAAAACACUAUAUACAGCUCGCAAGAUUUGUCAAUAAACUUGAGCACUCAUGAGAAUAUAUUCGAAAUAGAAUAUCUAUAACACAAGCUUAGGUGUAGACUGAACUUAAGAAUUGAAUCUCAAUGAAUUAUGUAACAUAAUAUAUUACUAGAAUCAUUUUUGAAAUCUAUUUAUUUUUACUUUUAAAUUAUUAUUAUUAUUUGCCUAAGUUACUUAUUAAUAUAUUUAAUGAAACAUUAAUUACCUAAAUAAGAUUCUUAAGUUAAGAGUAUCGAACUAAACAUAAGCCAAAGAAAUACUAUUGUACACAAAAUAAUUUGAGAUGGCUUAACGAGCUAGUUACUACCACAGUUCUCAAAUUGGUAAAAUAAAAAAGAGUAGUACUAUAAAACAUAAAAAGUAAAUAUCGUCCCUUGCAAUUAUUAAACUCAAUCUAACACGUGGGAGGCUUUUCUUUCAUACCCCGAAUUUUUAAAAACUGUAUAUUACUUACUAUUUUAUGUUCCUUGUUAAUAGUCAAUUCCCCGUCUAAAUAAAUAAAAAAAAAAAAAAUAUAAUAAAGGUGUAUUAAAAUUUUUGAAAAAUAAGUUAAAUACGUUUUCCCCCAUACGAUUAGAGCACUAGCUACUGAAACACAAUUAACUCUCCCUGAAAUAUAAUAUACCUAAAUUUUAUGUAGAAUAUUUUCAUGUAUUUUAUUUGUACAAGAAAAAUCAUAAAUAAUACAUUAAUUUAUCACAAUAAAUAUUGUUUGUAAAUACAAUUAAUAAUAUGGUAGAUAAUUGGUGCUCGGAUUUAUAUGUAUUAAAAAAACCAAUUUAGAAAACCAAAAACCAUUUUGAAAUUUUUAAAUUCCAUAUAAAAAUUAUUACACUUGAAUCAAACUAUUAUGAAACAGAACUUUAUUCGUCUUGAUUCUGAUAGCAAUGAGAUGUCGUAUACAUGUUCAAAUUGUUAAAGUUAAAUGACCUACUGUUUGGUUGUAACACAGAUUUGCACUAACUAAAUGAAAGUUCCACUUCAAUAGAAGUAAUGGAUACAAAUUUCAUAUUUGUAAUGUCCAAAGAAGUGAGCUCAGUUUGCAAUAUUAUCCCAUUUAUUCCACAAUGGAUAUCUCUAAUUAAUUUUAUUUACCUAGUAUAAAAUUAUUUUGUUUACAUACUUUUGGAACAUGGAAAAUUGUAUGUAUUGAAAAAUAUGUAAAAACAUGUAUUUUUGGAGAGAUGUAAGAAUAUGUAAAAUCAAAUGUAGUUAAUUUCAUUAAAAAUCACUUAACAUAAAUUUAUCAAGUCACAGUAAAAAUAUGUAUUUACAUAUAAAUCCGAGCCCUUUAGAUAAUAAUAACAAAUUAAUUAAUUUAUGUUCUUGUUUAUAUUUUUUUUUAAUUAUUGCCUAUCAAUGUUUACUUGCAAUAAUUAAAUAUUAAUGGAUUUCAAUUUGUAUAUUUUUUUUUUUUGUAUUUAUGGUUUCAUGUUUCAUUUUUAGAUAUCUGAUAUAUUUUAAUAUACUUUUAUUAUAAUGUAUCUUUUAAUAUUUUAAAGGAACGUGCUGAGCUCAUAAAAAGUGUAGAUUUUGAAACCGUCACGACUUUUGAAAGUCCAUAUGUCGAAGCGAUCAAAGCACUCUGGGGAGACUCUGGCAUUCAAGAAUGUUAUGAUCGCAGGCGCGAAUAUCAGCUCACAGAUUCUGCUAAAUAGUAAGUAAAAUAGAUCUUUCUAUAUAGCUUUCACACUUCUAGAUAGACUAAUUCUGUCAAGCAGUUAUUAACCCGUCACCACUCGUAUAGUUUUUGAUUUACUUUACUGGGUAAAACAUAAUUUUUUAUUACAUAAUACAAAUUGUUCGUAAUUUUAAACAAAUAGUUAAAAAAAACUUGUUUAAUUGUAUUUGAAUACUUAUUUUUCAGAUUUAGGAAAGUACCUAUUUACAUAAUAAAAUCAGUUAUUAUAAUAUUAUAGAGUUUACUAUUCAUAUAAUAAUGUUAAUAAUUUUAUUUUAUUUUUUUAACAUCUUACCAAAAUGUUUAAAGUUAUUAUAGUACCUAAUAUUAAAUCUUAUAAAUAAAAUAUAUAUAUAUAUAUAUAUAAUUUUAUUAAUAAUUAUUACAUUUAGAACAACACUCCGGCCAAACUUUUCCAUCACAUAAAUAACAGAUGAUAAUCAAACUAAGCUUGAUUACAACAACAAUAAAAAUGAUAAUAAUUACAAAAAUAACUACAAAUAUAUAUAUAUAUAUGUAUAUAUUAUCAAAAGGUACUAAAUGGACACUUAUAGACACAGCAUUAUUGAAAUAAUUUUAAUAUAUGCCUAUUGGUGUUUUUCUGGAGUACAUUUUUUAUUUCAUGUGAAUGGUGACAGGUUAAUGUAAAAUUGAAAUGAGCAUUGUCACGUUUCAAUAAUAUUAAGAUUUGCAGGAUUUAAUAGUUAAGUAUUUAAGGUUCUUUCCUACUAAUUUUUAAUCACUAGUAUAUUACUAUAAUAUUUUGUUUAUAUUUUGUGUACUUAUAGUAGGUUUAUAUUAUUUUUGAUACUAAAAUAAUUCUCAAUAAUCUGAUGCUCAUUUACAGUUAUUUAAUGGAAAUAGACAGAGUGGCCAGUCCAAAUUAUCUGCCCACAGAACAAGACAUACUUAGAGUAAGGGUACCCACAACGGGCAUUAUCGAAUACCCGUUUGAUUUAGAAGAAAUUCGGUUUAGGUAAAACUAAAAACAUGAUACUUAUACAAAUUAAAAUAUAUCGGUGUUUUUGCAUGGGCAUGUGUUUAUAGAAUAUAUACAUUUCUCUACACAUUAUUGCCAAUUUAUUUUUAAAAUGCAUGGAUGUUAUUGUUUAUAGCUAAUAAUACUAAUCAAACAUUUUAUACAUCACAUACUAUUCCUUCAACAAUCUCUGCGAAAUAAAUAUAACACUAACAUAAACAUGAUAUUCGAAUGUAUACUUUAAAACUAAAAUAUGCAAAUAUGCAUAUUGACUAAAGAUUUUGAUAGGGUGACAGUGUUAAGGUUCAAAAUUUAACAGCACUAUCAUACAUUAAUGAAUAUAUGGAACAAAUUAAGAUUAAUGAAGUGACAACUAGUAUUUUUCCAUGUACUAAUACAAAAACCAUGAAAUUUAUUUGAUUAUUUAUAAUAUAUAAAUAAAAUUUAUUUAAACAAAUAUAAUAUAUUAUGCAUAAUAAUAUGUCACACAGUUACUUAGGUGACUUAGCAAGAAUCGAGUCCCCCGAUUAUUUACCUACUGAACAGGACAUUCUACGUGCUAGGGCUCCGACAACAGGCAUUAUCGAGUACCCUUUCGAUCUUGAUGGUAUUGUCUUCAGGUAUCAUUGUAAAACGUGUAUAUUACCAAUAUCUUAAAUAUCCUGAAGUAGCUAACUCAAUUUCAUUGUGCUCCAUAUAAACAGAUCAAUAAAACAGUUAUAUUUAUCAUUUAAUAUUAAUAUUAAACUAAUCCUGUGUUACUAUCACACCAAUAGUCUUAGUCUUGUGGUUAGAAUACAACCAUUCCUUUGUAACAUAAGAUCAGUCACUUUCAAUAAGGUACUUUAUUUUGUUUAAGUGGCUUCUUUAAUUUAAAUAAGCUUUAAUUUUCAAUUUUUUCUUUCUAAUGCUUCAGCUAUAAUAUAUGUUUUAUUAUUAUUAUUUUAAACUAUCAUUAAUAUUGCUUUGUUUCUUUCAAAUAUUAUUUGUUUUACAGUGUACAAAUUAAUAUUAUGAUUUGUUUUCGAUCGCUAUUAUUACUAUUUUGCUUUUUGGUAGCAGUAAAUAAAGUGUUUUGUGUGAAAUAUUUUUAUUUUUAUUUAAAAAGUAAUACAUUUGGAAAUAAAUUUAGGAUGGUCGAUGUUGGAGGCCAAAGAUCAGAAAGACGAAAAUGGAUCCACUGUUUUGAGAAUGUAACGUCCAUCAUAUUCUUGGUGGCGCUUAGUGAAUACGACCAGAUUCUAUUUGAAUCCGAAAACGAAGUAUGUAUUCUAUCUUUUAUUCUAUUUCUAAAUUCACUUUUUAUCUUUUGUAUUUAUUUGUUUAUAGAAUCGGAUGGAAGAAUCCAAAGCAUUAUUCAAAACUAUCAUAACAUAUCCUUGGUUCCAACACUCAUCAGUAAUACUGUUUUUGAACAAAAAGGAUCUUCUUGAAGAGAAAAUCAUGUAUUCUCAUCUGGGAGAUUACUUUCCAGACUUUGAGGGUAAGACUUAUCUAAUUUAAUAAUAAUAUUAGCUUUUUAUUACAAUAUUUAUAUAUUUAAAAUAAAUAUCUAUGAAAUAAUGAAGUAAAAUAGUUAUUGUGUGAGUCUUUAGGUUUGGGGAAUAGAUUAAGUUUUUCAAAUUUGUAAUCAUGGUAUUACUGUAAUCAAACUUGUAAUUAGACAAAUAUGAAUAAUAAUUAAUAAUAACCAUCAUUUGAUGGUUACUACAAGCAUAAAAAACCUGAAAACGUCCAGGAGAUUUGAAGUGUUUAUUUUUUAAAAUUAGUUGACAAAUAUGAAGUCAGCAAAUUUUAUAAAUUCAAAUUUGUGACAACCUUGGAAUCCUAUUAAUAAUUGUUUUUUCGGUUCCAAUGUUAUUGUUCUUAUUAAAUAGAAAUUUGUCUUGUAUCAAAUACAAAAAUACUAAGUUAAACUUGUAAUUAUAAUUCAAAACAUUUCAUUAGAAUUAAAUUCCAGUUGGGAUUUAUUCCAAAUUCUCUUAAGCCAUCUAUGUGACUCAAUAGAUAAAAUAGCUCAAUAAUAUUUUUUGUUUUAAAAAAGUAAAUUUGUUUUUAUUUAAAUAAUAAGUAUUUAAUUAAUACUUUAUACAGUUCAUCAAUAUUUUUUUUUGAUAAAUAGGUAAUAAACAAGAUAAUGAUGCUGCCCAACAGUAUAUUUUGAAAAUGUAUCUUAAAACAAAUCCAGACCCCGAUCGCAUGUGUUAUUCUCAUUUUACUGUUGCUACAGGUUAUAUAUUAAAUAAAAACAAAAAAACCAUUUAACCUGUAAUUUUUUAGAGCUCAUCAUAAUUGAAAUUAAUAUUUGUUUUUAUUAUUACUUAACAUUGGCCUUUUAGUUAUCUUAUUGCACCUUAACCUCUUGGUAGUUUUAAAAAAUUAGAUCCUCUAUAAUUCAUAACUAAAACUUUUUUUGUAUAGAUACUAUAUUUUCUAAUUACUAAAAUUCAUAUUCAAAGACAUUUGUAUUUCAAAUUAUCUCUAGUUAAAAUUAUAGAAAUUCUAUUGUAUUCAAAAAGUAAAAUACCUAUAUAGUUUGUAAUUUUUCCUAUUGAACCUUGAAAUUAAACAAAUGUAAAAUAGGUCCAUUGGUCAGUUAAUUAUUAAAUUUAAAAAACAAGAUUUAACUAAGUAUAUUUUUCCCCACCUUAAUUCUUACAAAUUUUAUAAAAUUAAAUGAAAUACAUAAUAUAAUAAAUAAUAAAUUAAAAUUACCAAAAUGGUUAAUACUAGUAAAUAAAUAUAGUGAAUAAAUAUAUAUAUAAAAAUAAAUAAAUGAAUAUGAAUAUAGAACCAAAAACUUUACAACAAAAUCCCCCUUCAUUUGAAAAUGCUGGUAUAUAUAAUUUUAAAUGUAUCUGUAAUGAAUUUUAUAUAGGUAAGACAAAUAAAAAUUUUAAAGUAAGAUAUAAAUAACACUAAAAAUUAUAAAAGACUUCCUCUAAUUCAAAUUUUGCUAAACGUGUUUUAGAAAAUAACUAUAAUAUAAGUUUUGAUAUUAAUACAGACUUAGAAAUAUUAAAUACCCAAAUUAACAUCUAUAUUAAUUCAGUUUUGGAAGAAUUACACAUACACAUUUAAAAUAUAGAAAAAUAAUUUUAAUAAUAUUUUAAAUGUUUAAACCAAUUUAUUUCUAUAUUCUAUGUAUAAAAAAAAAAAAAAAAAAAUUCUAUUUAUUAUUUUUUUUAAUUUUUUUUAUAUUCAGUCGCGUUUUACAUUUUAACUGUGAUAUACCUGAUGAUAGAUUUUGAAUUUGAAACCAGUCAUAUAAUACACUCAUCAUAAUUCUUCAGGCGACACAUUCAUUUAUUUAUUUUAUUUUUACCAUAUUUACCUUAUAUAAUAUAAUAAUUCUUAAAAAUGCAACAAUAAUUAAACACCUUUAUACCUAAAUACGUUUAUAGUCGUGGUAACAUCUGAUUUGUUGAUUUUAUACAAUAUGUACAAUAUUAUAAUAUAUUAUAAUACAAAUCUAUAUCUUAAAUAAUAAUUUAUAAAUUCAUAUUUUUAUUUUCCAAAUAAUUGUCUUAGGUAAUCAAAGAGACGCCAUAAGUGCUAGAGAGUUUAUUCUAAGGAUGUUUGUGGAUUUGAAUCCUGAUAGUGAGAAAAUAAUUUAUUCACAUUUCACAUGUGCCACAGGUAUUUUACAGAAAUGAUAAUCAUUGUGCAUGAGCUUUGUGGAAUUUAGUAAAUUCUUUUUUUUUUUUUUUGUGUAUUUAACAUGCAUGUUAUAAUAAUACAAACAAAAAAAAUAAUACAAAUAUAUUAUUACAGUUAAAAAUUUGCUGAACAUCAGUUUUAUGAAGUGUUAUGAAGAAACAAUUCUAAACUAAUUAUUAAAAUGUAUGUAAUUAAUGGACCUGGACUUUGUACGAAUAAUAUUUAAUUUUGUUGUUAUUUAAAUUAAUUAGAAACCAAAAAAUUAGUGUUGAGCUAUAUUAUAUAUAUAUAUAUAUAUUUAUAAUUGUCCAAUCCAUAUUAGAUCAAUUUCAACCUUUUUAUAUAUAGUUAAAUAAUAAUGUUAACCAUAUGAUGUUUCUUCUUUACAUGCUGCUUGUUUUCACUACAAAUCAGACACGGAAAAUAUAAAACUGGUGUUUUGUGCUGUUAAAGAUACAAUUAUGCAAAGUGCUUUAAAAGAAUUUAAUUUAGCUUAAUUGUUAUUAUUAUUAUUCUUUUCUUUAUUUUUUUUUUUUUUUUCAUUUAUAUUAUUAUUGUCAAUACUUAUUAGCAUUGGUUAUUAAGAAUAAAAUACUUAUAUUUUAUUUUGCUUGUUUCAAAGAAAAUUAUUUUAAUGAAUAAAAUUAUAUUAUUUUAUUUUUCUUAUUGUUUUAUCUUUUUAUAAUUACUGUAGAAUCCGCUUAUUACGAUGCUGUAUAUAACGAUAUUCCAGAUAAAAUGAUUCCCAGUCAUGUGCUUAGUUGGUUUUAUAUCUUACGUGCAGUAAUUUUGGUCGAAUAUAACAAUGGUAUUUUGAAAUUAAAAAAUUGGUUUUUUCAUUCACAUAACAAUAAAUUGGUCCGGUGCGAUAAUUAUUUAUCUAAUCUAUAAUACAUAGUAUUUAGUAUGUAGCACAAUAUGUGUCACUGUUUUGAUUUCUAUUCAUUUAGGCACGUUCCAUUCUUAAAAAUGUCAAAUAAAAGACGUUUUUCUAUCGCUGAAAAAAUGAAUAUAAUUAAACUUUUAGAAAAUGAUUUGUCUAAUAAAGAUAUUUGAAAAGCAUUGAGAAUAUAUACUUAUAAACUACAUAAUAAGUACCUUUUUUUAUUCAUAAAUAUAUAAUGUGGUUUGUAUAAUAAAACAUUUGUCAUCCAAACAUAAAACAAAGUUAGAUAUAGUAAUGUAAUUCUUUAGGUCCUUUGAAAAUCGUUAUAAGCAGAUUCUACUGUAUUUUAAUAAUAUUAUGUAACACAUUCAUUACUUAAAAGCUAUUAAUCAUAGAUUUUGCUUGUGGGUUUUCAAAUUAUUAGGUUAUCUGUUAAAAAUUAUGAAACAUUAUAUUUGCAUGCAUUGCUGAUGGUUGUCAUAAUUUGUUCUUAUGCAUGCGAUUUGUUUAAGGUAAUAUCAAACAGUUUUAAUUUACUAACAUUGCCUAUGUAUUAACAACUUUGUGUUUAUUUUUGUUUUAUAUUAAUACUAGUAUGUUAUGUCAAAAUCAUGGUUAAAUAAAUAUUUAAAUUUUAAGAGUUUAUCCAUAAAUAUUAUAUGUGUAAAAAAUGAUUUGUUUAAUUAUUCACAGAUACUGAAAACAUUAGGUUUGUCUUUGCUGCAGUGAAAGAUACCAUACUACAAUCCAAUCUCAAAGAAUACAACCUAGUGUAAUGUUGCACAAACCACAUACAACCCCACAUAUGUUAAUAUUUUUUACUAUUAUAAUGUUAAAAUAACAAUACAAUUAGUAUAAAUCCUAAUUAUAUAUAAAAACAAACAAUAAAGAAAAAAAAAUGAGAAAAUGUAUCCUAAGUUUUUUGUACAAUAUUUUUAACUGAGUACAUUUUCUCUCACAUUUUUAUCUCCAUGAGUGUCCAUUUGUUAAUGUUGGUGUCGUGUGUGAGUCGGCGUGAAUUCGUCAUGAUUUCGAUAACAUAACAUAUAAAGGGUAACUAAAUUUUUUUUUAAUACAAGUUUUUUACUCGUGUAAAAAUGAAUUGAAAACAUUACGAUUAAUACUUUUUAUAAGAGCGCAUUUUUUUUUUUUUAAUUUUAUUUAAUUUUUUUAUUUUAAAAAAAAAAUAUAUAUAUGAUUAAUCUCCUACAUGUUCGUUGCAUUUAACCCUUAUGUUAUAAUAAUUAUACAAACUAUAUAAUAUUUAAAUUUUAAUAAAAUUGUCAAUAUAAAAUACGUGUACAUAAAUCUAAUGAGAUUAAGAAAUUAUUAAUAUCAGAAUAUAAAUGUUUAAGUGUAAGUAAAAAAGUGAAACUGUUCAAAAAAAAAAUUAAUAAAAAAUAUAUUUUAACUCCCCAUCAUAAUUGUUUUCUUUAAACAAGAAAUGAUAAUUUUAAUUAACAUCAUGAGGUGGAGGUUUAAAUUGUGCAAUUUUAAUAAUUUAUAUAAAAUAAAAAAACCCUCGAUAAAAUGUGUAAGGGUGGUUCUAGUCAGUCUCAUUAAAAAAUUAAAACAUACAUUUAAGCGAAAAUAUUGUGAAAUUCUCUGAGUUACCUGUGUAAAUUUUAUUAAUUUAAAAAAAAAAUUGUAAUUUUGGUAUUUAUAUUGAUAAUCUAUAUGGGAGACGUCUCAAUAAUGUGCUCACCCCAUUUUCGCUCUGUAUUUUAUUUAAAUUUAAGUCACUCGUUUUACUUGUUAUUAUUAUUUUUUUUUUUAUUAUUAUUAUUAUUAUUAUUAUUAUUAUUAUUUUUAUUUUUAUUAUUAUUUUUAUUAUUAUUUUUAUUAUUUAUGCAUAAUAUUAUACAUGUCUGUUUUUAUUUGUAUAUGCAUAGAGAAGUCGAGAAUUUUCCUCGACAAUCAAAACAUAUACUAUGAUGUAUCAACAGUUUUCAUUUUUUUUUUUUUACAAAUAUAUAUUAUAAGUAAAUUAUUACGAAUAUAUUAUUUUCGAGAAUUUAUCUAGCAGCCCAAUAAUAAAAAAUGUUCAAUAUACACAAUCAUUGUAGUGUAAUUAUAGUAAUAGUAACAAUUUAAAUGUGUGUUGUUUUAGUCACACGCGCACACACAAAACUAUUUAUAUAUUUAUAUGUCUCCAAAGGUGUUUUUUUUCGUGUUUUCAGAAUUAUUAGGAUUUCCAUACCAUAGAAAAAAGAACACCAAUGUAUGAGAACAAUUAUAUGUACCAUUUGUUUUUUAUUAUUUAUCAUGUUGGAUAAUUUCCUGUCAUUCUGGCAAUAUUACACAUUUCUAAUAUCAUUUGAAUGGAUAACUGUACCCUCCAUUACACACACAUGCCUAAAUAGUAUCAAUAUCGAUUUUUGAAAAUAUCUAGUAAGAUUCUCAAAAUGUAUCAUCAGACUUACUAAUAAAUAAGACAUGUACAUAAUAAUAUAUUUAAUUUCCUGGGGUGAUCACAUCAACUCGACCACCUGAUGUAUUAAAAUUCAAUGUAUUUUUUUUUCCUUUUUGCAUUGUAUAAAUAUUGUUUUAUACCACAGCAAGCCAUUAUUUUCAAUACUUUUAUAUAUGGUAAUAAGAAUUACAUGUUUAUUUGUCGUGCGUAAUUAUGUUGUGUUAUGUAUUAUUUAUUAUAUAUUUUUAAUUUUUUUUUUUAACAGUCAAACAAAAUUAAUGUUAUAUGAUUUAAUAAGACAUUUAAUAUUUUGUAAAUCACAUUUUAUUAUUUAUAUUCUGAUAUUAAAUUUUUGGUUUUAUUUUAAUUAUGAUAUAUUUAUUUUAUUAUUUUUUUUAAUCCUGGAAACUGUUUUUUUUUCUACCAAUUAAGGAAUGCUGCCAGUUUUUAUUUUUUAUUAUCCAUUAAUAAAACUAGUGCAAUUUCACUUAAAAAAAUUAUACACAAAACAUAAUUAAUAAAAAGUACUUAGUCAAAGUGUUUCCUGUUAGUUUACAGUACUAACAAAAUGUAUGUAUGUAUGUAUAUAUAUAUAUAUAUAUACAUAUUAUGUAUAAAAGUUGUUUUAAUAACAAUCAAAUGUUGGAUAAAUAUAUUCCUUGAGUUCAUAAUUUUGAUACACGUGUAUAUAGUUUUUUUUUUUUUCUGUGUGAUGUCUAAUGUGAAUUUUUUUCUAAAAGAAAAUAUACAAUUAUAUCGCU